AUCUGGCUACGCUGUCGGCAAUCUUUAAAAAUUCCUUCAUCCGCAACCAACAGCAGCAAACAGAAGUUAGUGCGUUUUGUGACUUCGUCUUGGGUUGUCGUUGCUGUCUUUUUCACGGUUGCGCCGCUGUAUUUGUUUUUGUUUAAAUUAAAAAAUAAAUAAAAGAAAGCAAACCGACUUGUUUAUUAAAUUACUAUAUUUUUGUACAAACAAAAAAAAAUUGAAAUAUUUUUAUACGUAUGACAAAAUUUUUUAAAUCAAGUAGCUUUUUUAAACAAAUUAAACAAAAAAUAUCACGAAUUAAAAGAUGUAAACAAACAAAUGAAAACAUAGCAUGGUUUUUAAAAAUUUAGCAUAAAAGUAAACAAAGAAAUCGGUAUUAACAAAUGUUAAAUUGUUAACACACUGCCAAAGGAAUAUUCGUCAAAAAGGAAAAAUUUUCAAAUAGAAGAAAACGAAAACUACCAUUUCUGUAAGAAAUUUUAUGGAUUUCUAUUGAUAUCCCAGCAUAACAGAAAUUAAAGCGAAUAUGGCUCUUACAAGACUGGCAAGACAACUGGGUCUUCUCGAAACCAUAUAUGUUGAUGGAAACCAACGGAGUACCACUUCCACAACUAAAUCACGUAAAUCCAAUUUAUCGAAUCAGAACUAUGAUUAUGUGGUGGCAAUAGAUUUUGAAGCGACUUGUUGGGAAGAUCAAGCACCGCCAUCAUGGCGUGAAUCAGAAAUCAUAGAAUUUCCUGCUGUACUUAUUAACCUAAAAACUGGUAAAAUUGAGGCUGAAUUUCACAAAUACAUAUUGCCAAUUGAGAUACCAAAAUUAAGUGCAUUUUGCACUUCACUUACGGGAAUAACGCAAAAAACUGUGGAAAGCGGUAUGCCAUUGCAGAUAGCGCUAACAAUAUUCCAAGAAUGGUUGCGUAAAGAACUGAGGGCACGAAAUCUGGUGCUACCAAAAAUGACGAAGGAGAGUAAGCAAAGCAAGUCGUGUGCACUUGUUACUUGGACUGAUUGGGAUUUUGGUAUUUGUUUAGCUAAGGAAUGUGCUCGCAAAGGUUUGAAGAAGCCUUCAUUUUUCAAUCAGUGGAUUGAUAUACGCGCCGUAUAUCGUGAAUGGUAUAAUUAUCGCCCAAUGAAUUUUGCCGAUGCUUUGCAACAUGUUGGUCUGACAUUCGAGGGUCGUGAACACUCGGGCAUUGAUGAUGCCAAGAAUUUAGCUGCACUCACACAUAAAAUGGUUACUGAUGGAGCAAAACUUUCAAUUACUAAAGAUUUAACGCCAUAUCAAUUGAAUUCAAAUUGUUGGUAAACACAUAAGAAAAAAAAAACACAGCUCAAAUCGUAACGAUUUUAAAAUUAUCGUUCGAGUUAGUUUAUUUCAUUUAAACUGUAAUUAAUUUGUUUCAUUUUAUAUCAUUUAAAACGAAACUGAAAAAUGUAAGACUUACUUUCGAACAAAUAGAACGAAAGGUUAACUAAACUAAGCCACACUUAACAUUACAUUUUAGGCAAUGUGUGACUUCUUAUAUUAAUUUUUAUAUACAAACAACACUAUUUAUAUACAAAAUUUUUAUAUAUGUAAUAAUAUUUAAUUAACAUGUAUGCAAACAUACAUAUGUCUUACAGUAGUUUUUAUACUGAUAUAUUAUAUAUAUAUACAUGCGCAUAGUUAAGUGCAUUUACUACUUACAUACGUACAUAUGACAGUUUGUAGUACAUAGGUUCAGCACAAUUUUUUAUAUGAAUUUUUUUUUAUAAUUUAAAAAAAAAGCAAAAUACUAUCUUUUAUAAUUGUAUGUGAAGUAAAAUCUAUUAACUUCCGCAUUUAGUUUUGUAGUAAUAUUUAUAAAACUGAAUAAUAUAAUAAACAUAAAUUAUUGAUAUUAAAUAAAAUUUUAAUGCUCCAAAAAA